GUCCAGAAGCAUCCCAUCAACAGCAAUAGGGGGAAAACGAAGAUGUGAAAAAUACAAAUAUUCAACAAAAGACGGUUUAGUUGUCUGAUCAGAGAAAAGAGGAAGGAAAAUGGUGACGUCAUCAGUUGUGAACACAUACCCUCUGUCAAGCUAUACAUUUGGUACUAAGGAGCCUAAAAUGGAGAAAGACACCUCUGUAGCUGAUCGCCUUGCUCGUAUGAAAGUCAACUAUAUGAAGGAGGGCAUGAGGACUAGUGUCGAAGGAAUUCUCCUGGUACAAGAACACAAUCAUCCUCAUAUUCUUCUUCUGCAAAUUGGUAACACAUUCUGCAAACUUCCAGGUGGACGCCUGAAGCCAGGAGAGAACGAAAUCGAGGGUUUGAAAAGGAAACUCUCUAGUAAACUCGCAGCUAAUUCUCCUGGCCUUCAGCCAAAUUGGCAGGUGGGUGAGUGUGUGGCCAUCUGGUGGAGGCCAAACUUUGAAACUAUAAUGUAUCCAUACUGUCCUCCGCACAUAACAAAACCCAAGGAGUGUAAGAAGCUUUUUGUUGUUCAUCUAUCUGAAAGAGAGUACUUUGCUGUCCCAAAAAAUCUGAAGCUUCUUGCAGUGCCAUUGUUUGAACUUUACGACAAUGUUCAGAGAUAUGGACCUGUGAUAUCCACGAUUCCUCAACAGCUUUCCAGAUUCCAAUUCAACAUGAUCCACCCGUAGAUUAGGUUAUGGACAUUCAGGAUCUCCUUCUGGCAUACAAUCGCAAAAGACAUAAGAUUUUUACUUGAGGCCCUAUAUUUUGAGAAUGAUCACCCUAUUUACUGACGUGAUUCUUUCUUUUCCCAUAGGCCUGUGCACCGACUUUCGUGGAUGUUUAUUUGUUUUCGAUUGGCUUAUUUAUGAUGGACAUCAUAGGUGUAUUGUUGAAAGCUUGUUUGCCUGUCUGUUGUAAUGUACAAUAUUUACUCGUUGCCCUGUAUUUUUUUUUUUUAUUAGAAUGUUGACAUGUUAGAUGGAUUA